AUGGCUCUCCGAGUCACCAGAAACAUGAAAAUUAAUGCUGAAAAUAAGACGAAAAUCAGUAUGGCAGGUGCAAAGCGUGUGCCCAUGACCACUGCUGCAGCCUGCAAACCCGGGCUGAGGCCAAGGACAGUGAAUAAUGUGGACGCAGAAGAUGGAGCUGACCCAAACCUUUGCGGUGAAUGUGUAAAAGAUGUCUAUGCUUAUUUAAGACAGCUCGAGGAAGAGCAAGCAGUCAGACCAAAAUACCUCUUGGGUCAGGAAGUCACUGGAAACAUGAGAGCCAUCCUAAUUGACUGGCUAGUACAGGUUCAGAUGAAAUUCAGGAUACUGCAGGAGACCAUGUACAUGACUGUUUCUAUUAUUGACCGAUUCAUGCAGAAUAAUCAUGUGCCCAAGAAGAUGCUGCAGCUGGUUGGUGUCACUGCCAUGUUUAUUACAAGCAAAUAUGAGGAGAUGUACCCCCCAGAAAUUGGUGACUUUGCUUUUGUGACUAACAAUACUUACACUAAGCAUCAAAUCAGACAGAUGGAAAUGAAGAUUCUAAGAGCUUUAAAUUUUGGUCUGGGUCGUCCUCUACCCCUGCACUUUCUUCGUCGAGCAUCUAAAGUUGGAGAGGUCGAUGUUGAACAACAUACUCUGGCCAAGUACCUGAUGGAAUUAACUAUGCUCGACUACAAUAUGGUGCACUUUCCUCCUUCUCAAAUUGCAGCAGGAGCUUUUUGCUUAGCCCUGAAAAUUCUUGAUAAUGGUGAAUGGACACCAACUCUCCAGCAUUACCUGUCUUAUACUGAGGAAUCACUUCUUCCUGUUAAGCAGCACCUAGCUAAGAAUAUAGUCAUGGUGAAUCAUGGGCUUACAAAGCACAUGACCAUCAAGAAUAAGUAUGCAACAUCUAAGCAUGCUAAGAUCAGCACACUCUAG